AGGAACGUAAAUUCUGUCCCCGAAAACGCUUGGCCACCAUGAAUCGUUCCAGCAAGAGCACCACACUCCGCAAGACGGCCGGCUAUUCCAGUCUGAUAACAUUCGCCGUCCUGUUGCUGGCAUGGCUGUGCGGUUUCUCCAGCCGGCUGUUUGCUGUGAUUCGUUUCGAGAGCAUUAUUCACGAAUUCGAUCCAUGGUUCAACUACCGUGCCACGGCGCACAUGGUGGAGAAUGGAUUCUACAAGUUCCUUAACUGGUUCGAUGAAUCCGCCUGGUAUCCGCUGGGUCGUAUUGUCGGCGGUACCGUAUACCCCGGUCUUAUGAUCACGUCGGGUGGGAUCCAUUGGCUGCUCCAUACGCUUAACAUUCCGGUGCAUAUUCGGGACAUCUGCGUGUUUCUGGCACCGAUCUUUAGCGGUCUUACCGCCAUCUCGACGUACCUGCUGACGAAGGAGCUAUGGUCGGCCGGUGCCGGGCUGUUCGCCGCCAGCUUCAUUGCUAUUGUGCCCGGUUACAUUAGCCGUUCGGUGGCGGGAUCGUACGAUAACGAAGGUAUCGCGAUUUUUGCCCUACAGUUCACCUACUAUCUGUGGGUGAAAUCGGUAAAAACCGGUAGCGUAUACUGGGCGGCAUGCACCGCCCUGUCCUACUUCUACAUGGUGUCCGCCUGGGGUGGCUACGUGUUUAUCAUCAACCUGAUCCCGCUGCACGUGUUCGUACUGCUGAUUAUGGGCCGCUACUCGCCGCGUCUGUUCACCUCCUACACGACGUUCUACAUUCUUGGACUGAUCCUUUCGAUGCAAAUUCCAUUCGUUGGUUUCCAACCGAUUCGCACGAGCGAGCAUAUGGCUGCGUCCGGUGUGUUUCUGCUCCUAUUCGCUGUUGGCGUGCUGAAGCAUGUUCAAACAAUGCUUUCGAAGCAAGAAUUCAAGCGACUUUUCCUUGUCGGAGGUUUGCUGGCAGCCGGUGUCGUAUUUGCCGGUGUAGUAUUGCUUACGAUGCUCGGCGUGAUAGCACCAUGGAGCGGACGGUUCUACUCGCUAUGGGACACCGGGUACGCGAAAAUUCACAUUCCGAUCAUUGCGUCCGUAUCGGAGCAUCAACCGACGACGUGGUUUUCUUUCUUCUUCGAUCUACACAUCCUGGUGUGCACCUUCCCGGUAGGGUUGUGGUAUUGCAUCAAGAAGAUCAACGAUGAGCGCGUGUUCGUCGUGCUGUACGCGAUCAGUGCCGUGUACUUUGCGGGUGUGAUGGUGCGUCUGAUGCUGACGCUGACGCCCGUCGUAUGCAUACUAGCUGGAGUGGCAUUUUCUGGCUUGUUGGAAGUAUUCCUGAAGGAAGAUAGCGCAGCCGGUGCCAAAGAGAGCGGUGCAGAAGGUGAGGGAGAAGAUGCCAGCGGAGAGAAGAAGCAAAUGUACGAUAAGGCAGGCAAACUUAAGCACCGUCCGAAGCAUGACCUCUCAUCGCAUAGCGCGCAUGGUGAGCAGAAUACGGGCCUUGGUUCCAAUGUAAAAAAUAUGGUGAUUGUCGCCAUUCUGAUGUUGCUCAUGAUGUUCGCGGUUCACUGCACGUGGGUUACGUCUAACGCCUACAGCUCCCCCUCAAUUGUGCUCGCUUUCUACAACAGCAACGAUGGUACUCGCAACAUUCUGGACGAUUUCCGUGAAGCUUAUUACUGGUUGUGGCAAAACACGGCACCGGAUGCCCGCGUUAUGUCCUGGUGGGACUAUGGCUAUCAGAUAGCGGGUAUGGCAAACAGAACAACGCUGGUAGAUAAUAAUACUUGGAACAACAGUCACAUCGCGCUCGUCGGCAAAGCCAUGUCCUCGCCGGAGGAUAAAGCGUACGAAAUCAUGACCUCACUCGAUGUGGACUACGUGCUAGUGAUCUUUGGCGGUGUGAUCGGAUACUCUGGUGACGACAUCAAUAAGUUCCUCUGGAUGGUGCGUAUUGCCGAGGGCGAACAUCCGAAGGAUAUACGCGAAAGCGAUUACUUUACCGAUCGGGGCGAGUUCCGUAUCGAUUCCGAGGGUGCACCUGCACUGUUGAACUGUUUGAUGUAUAAACUUAGCUAUUACAAGUUUGGAGAAUUGAAGCUCGACUACAGAGGUGCUGCUGGAUACGAUCGCACCCGUAAUGCCGUCAUCGGUAACAAGGACUUUGAGCUAACGUAUCUCGAAGAGGCGUACACGAGCGAACAUUGGCUGGUGCGCAUUUACCGUGUGAAGAAACCACACGAGUUCAACCGGCCCGCCCUGAAACCGGAUGAACGGGUACUUCCGGCCGGCGAGUUCGUGUCGCGCAAGACAACCAAACGAAGGAAAGGAUUAAUUAAAAACCGUCCCGUUGUGGUGAAGGGCAAGAGAAAUAAGUAAGCAGGGGUAAAAUGGAUACAAUAGCGACUCCAAAGGUUUUUCAUUUCAUUUGGGGAACGUUGAACUGUCUACUUGUCCUCCUCAUCUCGCAUACGUUGAAGCUCUUCUAAUGGGAGACGUUAAAAGCAAAACGACAAAAUUUGGGCAAUUUGACUCGUUUUUUUUGUAAUAACACGUCGGGUGCACUGUGACAAAAUGCUGUGAAAAGUGGAAAAUAAUAGCCUACCCUCCCCAACGUUUCGAUCGAACAGAUUUGCGUCAAAUAGGAUGUAUGUGUCGCCAAAACCUUUUAUCUCAUUGGUUCUUUAUAGUAGUAAAAUAGGAUGCCCCGGAUGUCAGAUAAUAGCGAUGAGAAGAAGUAAAAAAAAUACCUAAAAUGCAAUAAAGUAGGCAAAUAGUUACAUCAUUCUUGCAUUAGCGUUACAGCGCUGCAGAAUACAAGUUCGGUUGUUUCAUGUGUUUGAUGCACCAUCUGCUUUUAGUUUUUAUUCCAUGCAUUAUUUGUGUUAUUUCUCCUCAUGCACUUUCUCUUGAAUAAUUAAUGUUACCUACGCUAUGUCCUGAAUCUGCGAUCCCGUGGGUUUCUUUACGCACCUCAAUAUACAGAGGAACGGGAGAGUAAAAAUAAUAGAGAGCGAGAGAGAUGUGAAACAAUUAGGUACCGUAAGUGUUUGCGUUAACGUGGAAGAUUUUUCUGUUUAACCUUCCACUCAAAUACAGAAGAAAAGAAAAACAAACAAAAAGAAAAGAACAAAUACAAUUAGAACUAGAAAAAGAUGAGGGAAAACAAUAGAAAACUACAAAAGAAAUGAAAGAGUGCAUUAAAACCCUUAAUGGCACACGCGCCCACAGUGAUGUAUCAUGUCUCUACCUUUCAUGCUGAAGAAGCGAUCGUUUUGUUACCAUGGAAACGUAUAUUUUAUCGAACACAUGUGCAUGGCAAUAGUAGUGGGAUACAAGUUUCCGUUGUAACUGAUCGCUUUCGAUCGUUGCCUUUUUGAGGAUCGAUUCAAUUAGGACAUGUGUGUUUAUUUGUGCAUUUAUUCCAAAUGAUCUGGUCCGGGAUAUCACGUACGACAGUAAACGUAGCAAAAGUUAAAGAAGAGAAACAACAAACGAAGCAAACGAACAACAUGCAGACUUCUAGCCGAACACUGAAUACAACUUAAGGCGAAAAUAAACCACACACCGAAGAGUGACAUCAAAACA